UAAUGCAUUCAACCAUCAUUUUAGAUUGUGUCAUCUCAUAAUCGUUAAAUAAAAUAUUAGACAAAUAUAUUUAAUUAUUUUAUUUGUGUGAUGGGACCAAUUUCGUUCAUUAACCAAACCAUAAUUACCAGAGGUUUAAAUUUAUUUUGACCAUCCAACCAUUGUAUAUCUAUAUAUAUUUAUAGAUAUGAUAGUUGAAGUUGAAGGUGAAACAUAACAUUAGCAAUACAAAAUAUCAAAUUUGACACAUAUUCAUGGAUUGGUUCACAUGGCUUUCAAAAACAAACCUUGAGCCAUCACUAGUAUAUGAAUAUGGCCUUAUCUUUGCUCACAACGAGCUUGAAGAAGAAGACAUGUUUUACUUCAACCAUGACUUUCUCCAAAGCAUGGGAAUCUCCAUAGCCAAACACAGAUUAGAAAUUCUCAAACUUGCUAAUAAAGAAAAGACAAAGUUUCCACACACAGUUGCAAGGUUUGUGGCUGCAAUCAAGAGGACAAAAAAGUACUUUGUCAACUAUGUUAGAACUUUUAGUAGUCACUGUGAAGAAUCAGCACUUGUUGUUGUGCCAACAAGGCAUGGUGGUGGAUUUGGGAGAAGAUGGAAGAGGAACACAAAAUUGGUGGUUCCUAAGCAGGAGAAACUGUUUCUAACUAAUGGAAGUUCUACACAAAGUGUACUGCUUCCUGGUUUGUGUGGUGGACUUGAUGGUUGUUCUAGUCCUGUUGUGUAUCAUUUUCAAAAGGAGCAAAAAAUUGAUGGAUAUGGUGGUAAUAAUGAUGAUGAUGGUGAUGGAUAUUGGUCUGCUGCUGUUGAAGAAAUCAAGUGGGAUACCAUGUUCAAGGAUCUUAAACCAAACUAAAACUUUUACUAGAUUUGGAUCAUCUACUGCUAUAGUAUCAUGCAACAGCUAAAGAGGAUUGAAUUUCAAGUUUCUCCUUUCAAAUGCUCUCUCCAUCAUUUUUAUCUACCUCUUACUUUCUAUCACUCUCUCUAUCUAUCUCCACUCGUGGUCUCUCGAACACUCUUUGUUCUUUGGUGCACGAGGGAAAAGAGAGGAUCCAAUUACUGUUUUUUUUGAAGGAUUUGGAUCCACUACAUCAGUAGAGGAUCCAAUUUCUUUUUUUAGUGUGCUUCCUCAAGAGAGAUUUCCAGACGCACUUCGAAUUAUUGAGGUAAAACUUUGUACGUUGGAUUUAUUGAACGACCUCUCAGCCAUUUGAUUAAUCCAACAAUUUAAUAGUUGGAUUAAUUCAAGUUCAAGUGUUGGUUGGUUGAAUCAGUCUCCUUGACUUUAAUUACACGUUUAUGUCUUGAUAGGGAAAAUUACAUAUCAGAAUAAUGUUUUCUUGGCAUUGAAGCAUUGAGGUAGAUAUUUAGUUUUGUAGCAAAAAGUAUAUAAUUUUGAGUUGGGUUUGAGUGUGCUGGACUUGACUCAUAUGGCUUAUGUGGUGAUAGUACAUAAUUGCACAUUAUAUUUUGAUAUUAUCUUGGUAUUCAUGUCACUUAA